AUGAUCGCUUCGCAAAUUUGGCUCAUCACCGGUGCUUCGUCAGGUUUCGGGAGGCUCGUCGCAGAGACGGUCCUCGAGAAUGGCGGCAUCGCGAUCGCCACCCUUCGGAACCCCGACGCCCUCUCAGAUCUCGCAUCGCGAUACCCGCCCAGCAAGCUCUCGGUCCUCAAACUGGACGUGCGCAACGCCGACGAGAUCCGCGAUGCCUUCGCCCAGGCGAAGGAGCUCUUCGGCCGGAUCGACGUUGUCUUCAACAACGCGGGCUUCACACUCAUGAGCGAGGCGGAGAGCGCGUCCGAGGACGUCGCCCGGGAGCUGUUCGACGUGAACUUCUGGGGUGCGGUGAACGUCAGCCGGGAGGCUGUCAGGUUCUUCCGCGAAGUGAACAAUCCUCAGGGCGGUCGACUCUUGCAGGCGUCGUCUGCUGGGGGCAUUGAGAGCCUCUCUGCCCUCCCGUACUACUGUGCGAGCAAACAUGCGCUCGAAGGCUUCACGGAAGGUCUCGCCGCAGAACUCCGGCCAGAGUGGAACAUCAAGGUCACGUCGAUCGUCCUCGGCUCAUACCACACCAACGCCGGACCGAACAUGAAGCGUCCACCCCCGCACCCCGCUUAUAUCGACGCCGACACGCAGCAACCCACCGCUCGGCUGCAUCUCUACACGAAGCCAGCCGCCUACCCCGAGGCCGCCGCCCAUCUGAUCUGCAAGAUCGCGGAGCUGCAGGACCCACCUCUGCGCGUGCCGCUAGGCCAGGACGCCGUCGAGACCCUGCGGAGGAAGGGGCAGAGUCUCCUCGAGACCGCGGAGGAGUACCACGCGUGGUCGGAGAACGUGCCGUUGAUGAGUAUAGAGGAGUUCCUGUCGAAACUGAAGCAGCAGACCGCCGGAGCUGCGACAGUAAAUUGA